AUGAACAGCAUUGCCGUUCUGCGAAUGUUUUUGUGUGUAUCAGUCGCAGCUACGUUUGUAGAAGCUUCUACAAGUAUAAAUCCAAAAUCGUUUAUUCACGAACUUUCCAAGCGUACCACCAGCGCGAACGGAAUAAAUAUCCGACUUCGGCGAUCGUUACAGCCGGACACCGUCGACUUCUCGUUUCAAAGUUUUUCCUCUGAAACCUUGCUAGAACGCGUGGCAAGAUCAAGCUCACGAUUCAGCGCCAGCUUCAGGAAAUCGGCGAUACCACACAGAGGCACAACAUGCAACACCUGCUUGUUGACAAGACGGAACCAUAGACAUCGGCUUCCAAGAAGAAGGGGCUGCCAUAACAAAACUUACACCCGUAUUCAAAAAUGCGAAGGAUACUGCGAGUCAUACGAAAUUCCUAAAGUCAACGAUAGGAUUGAAAGAAUACACUCAGUUUGUACUGCGCAGACGACGCGAACAGUGAGAGUUGUCAAUCCGUAUUGCGAACCCGGAGUAAACCCUUUUUUUUACAUCACCGUCCCCACAUCUUGUAACUGUAGAAAUUGCGAUCCGACCAGGGCGAUAUGCUUGUAA